CCAGCGCACGCGUGACUUCACCACGAAACACGCCGCUGGAACGCCGCUAUCCGUGCCUUUGCUGAGACAUUGGCUGAACCGUUGCGCUGGGUAUACCCUAAGCGCACCACUGACGGCUGCACGCAGCACUAAACGUGCGCCUACAGCGCGCGCUGUAGAACACAGCAGCAUCCGUGCGAGGCUCCAUUACAGCCGACAUUAGCUGAUAUCAUGUCGUCCCCAGACGAGGACGAUGCUUCUCCCUCGCCGGAAUUCAGCGGUGAAUACGACGAAGACAUGGCUGCCGAACAUCUUGAUCAGAAACAGCAAAAAGGCGAGGGAAAGAAGGGUUCCAAUGGCCAGACGAGCAAGAGUAAUGCUAAAGACCCACUGAGGCCGCGGAGGAAGAAGGCGAGGAGAGCUUGCUAUGCCUGCCAACGCGCACAUUUGACAUGUGGCGACGAACGACCGUGCCAGCGAUGUCAAAUGCGCGGUCUCUCUGAUACUUGCAUGGACGGUGUGCGCAAGAAGGCAAAAUAUCUUCAUGAUGCUCCCGAUGGUGCCCUCAUGCCCGGCGUGGGCGGUCACUACCCUUACAUGAACGGCAACCGGCCUACCCCUCUUCCAAGCCAAGACACUCAGGCUGUUUCGAUGGCCCCGCAAGGCAAUCACUUCGCUCAAGCCCCGCAACAGCCAUUCUACCCACCUAAUUCAGCCCCUGCCCCCGCCUACAACCAACAACAAUCUCCAAUAUCGCCUCCCUAUCAGCACUCACACCAGUCCUCCGUCCCAAGCGUGGCGACGACGAUAUCGCAACCACAAACAGCGCAGUUGCAACAAUUCGGCGGGCCGUUGUUCGAUCCAAGUGACCCGGCCUUGUUCAACUUCGACAUCUCCAGCCUCAACUUUGGCAACCACUAUGGAGCUCUGGAAUUUGGCAUGCUCGGACACAUGUCGUCCGGAGCUGCCGAGACCCCUCCUAAUGACAAUGGCAUGAUAAACCCACGACAGCCUGUCAAUAUGUACAACCAACAAGUUCAAGGCGGCUUCGUAGAUCACCCGCAGCAGUCUCCAAUGAUGCCAAUGGACCCAAACGGGAUUCCUGCAGAAGAUUGGCAGCAAGCCAAUUCCCGCAAUGGCAGUUUGCAAGUUCAGACACCACACGGCACCCCUACCACUACAUCAGCAGACCACAGCAGCCAUCGGCAGGACAGCUUGAAUGGCCCGCAUGCGUUCGCAAUAGGACAGGGACCUGCUAGUCAUCACACAGCUAGCCCCGCGUCUACGGAUGCCAAUUCAACAUUCGAAGCUGACAAUCCUAUGGCAUCGGCCGCGUUCUUUGCUAAUCCAUAUCAACCGCAACCGAGUCGAUCGCCAACAGUUAGUCGGCGGCAACAAGAGAAUCGUCCGGCAAAGAACCCGCUCCAACCCAUGCACUCUAACGGCGUGCGGAAGCGUUACCGAGACACAAAGAGCAUCUACCAAGGCAUUGUCAAGCCUCACGACUACGUCAAGGGCUAUCACAAACUCUUCCAGCUAAUCCUGACCAAGUACUCACGCCCAUGGGCUGCCAAGGCUCAAGAGUAUGUACAAAACUUUCGCAGCGUGCUCGUCGAUGUGCAUUCAAAACUUGAAAAAGAAGACCUCAUACAUCAAGAAAAGGGUCUGCAGCGAAAUCUUCUUACCCUGCAAGAGCACUUUGCUGAGGUUGGCACACCCUUCAUCAUCUGCCGCCGUAGCGGUGAAAUCGUAGGAAUGAAUAAAGAAUUCACAAUCCUGACCGGCUGGAAGCGCGAAGUUCUCCUCGGUCAGGAGCCCAAUAACACCGUCAAUCAACACGGUGACCGGGAUCCUAACGAAUCUGAAAUGAGUACCCGGACCAACACGACGCCCACGCUUGCCGCGCAGCAAUCAGAAUCGGAGUCGGAGGCUCAACCCAUCAACAUCAUUCAGCUCAUGGAGCCUAAGAGCGCGCUGCAGUACCUCCAACGAUUCUCCGAACUUGCAUACCAAGAUCCUCGUGGCUUUGCGCACCAGAGAGUUAACAUGCUCCGAUACCAGACCAAAGCUGAUGUGGAGCGCUUGGCUGAGCGCGAGGGGAGGAGGGACGAGAAGGAAGUCAAGAGCGAGGGAGCAGGUGCGGGUGUUCAUCAAGGCGAAAGCGCGAUGCAGAGACUCGGUGCCAAAAAGGGAAUGGUAGACUGUAUGAUUUGGUGGCACAUCAAGCGCGACAUUUUUGACAUGCCAGUGCUGGUGUGUAUGAGUGUCAUGCCAGUGUUAGACAAAGGGCUCCAUUAGCGCCACAUGGACACUGUUCAAGUCAGGCUAUUUCAUCAAGCUUUUGGUAUCGAAGGCGCAGAUUGGGUUCGACAAAGAUCGAC